UUCUCGGCCAUGAAAAAAUUACCGAACAGUUUAACGAACUCCACAUGUUAGGAUUUCGGUAAAAUAAUUACCGAACUCGGUAAUUUUCGUUUACUGUGUAUAUGGAAACACGGCAAAAAAAUAUAGUGACAUGCUAGAAACGACGAACAGGCAAGGCCUACGUAUAGCAACUGGCUGUUCCAAAACUACACCGAUAAACUCAUUGGCAGCAUUAAGUGGCGAAGGCCCACUAUCACUAAAACGGGUUUUUUUCACAAAAAAAAGGAUUGCUUUGCACAUUUACAAAAACGACUUAAUUGCACAACAAUUACAGUCACUGAACAUAAAUUCCUUAAAAGCAGAAUCACAGUAUACGUACAUUGAAAGAAUAUUCAUUAAAAACUACAGUGAAUUUCAAAUACUAUACUUACAGGCUAAAUCUUGUAACAUGCUAAAUUUCACGAUUAAAGAACAAAUUAUAGGGUCAACUCUUAAAAAGAAAAUAACAUCUCCUAUAGUACUUAAAUCACUUACCCAAAACAUGAUAAAAACAAGCUACCACCUAUACGAACAAUGGUUCACGGAUGCUUCCAAGUCUGGCCAUAAAUGCGGACUCGGAGUUUUCGAUGCUACCUCGGAAGAGAGCAUAAGUCUAGCAUUAGCUCAUGAAGUAAGUAUUACUUCUGCUGAGCUCUUAGCAAUACGGGUCGCAUUAGAACAAGUAAGAGGCAACGGCAUAAGAAAAGUAGUCAUAUUCACUGAUUCACAGGCAGCAUGUAAAAUACUCAAAAGAGAUCUAAAAAACAAAAUAUUCGACAAAGUUACACUCGACAUCUGCACACUAGCAACGCAAAAACAAGCUACAAUCCAAUGGCUUCCGUCACACAUCGGAAUAACAGGAAACGAAAAGGCUGAUGAACUAGCUAAACUAGGACUAGAAUGCCCAGCUAUUCUAGAAAAUAAACUGCGGUUGGAUGAUGCAAUUAGAAACUACAAAAAGGAUUUCAUCAACACUACUAACAAAUGGUAUCAAGAUAUUGCGACAGAAAAUCACAAAGGACUGAAAUUUUUCAAAUUUCAAAACAAUUUUGAUCUAAAGCCAUGGUACUGGAAUUCAGAAAUGAAUAACAAACAAAUACGUACAGCAAAUCGACUACUUAGUGGACACGACUAUUCACCAUACUAUCUUGGACUCUUUCGAAUCCGUGAUACAAAAUUAUGUGAACUAUGUUCAGAAAACUUCACAACAGAACAUGCUCUAUUCCACUGUAUACAGUACAAUCACGUUAGAAAUCACUACGAUUGGGAAAGAUACAACAAUCUAUUCGAAUUGAUUAACAACUUCGAUGAAGACAAAAUAAAAGAAGUCUUGGGAUUUCUAGAAAAAGCUCGAUUAACAAUUUAAUUAAAAAUUGUACUAAUUAGACACACCGUGUUAUCGAAAAUCUGAAUAACAUUGAUACCUAUAUACCCCGGAUCGGAGCGAGUCUCACAAACGGACCGAUUACUGUCAAAGUAAUGGUUGUCAGUUUGAAUCUGUCCAAUUUUUAUCUGAUUUCUGUUCGAUUUUUCGGACGAUUUCCCCGCGCCAAAAUGACAGAAAUCGAACAGUACGGAUCGGCUCGAUUUUUAUUCGAAUUCGGUUAGAUUUCCUUGGCCGGGUUUUCAUCAGUCGAAAAUGAAACGAUCAGUUUUCAGAUCUCAUAGCAACCAUGGUUUCGCUUUGUUUACUUGUCAAAGCUGCAGCACAUGUGAAAUUCUUUAUUUUUCAUUAAAUUUUUUCGAUCCGUUUUGGUCGGUUAGAAAUUGUUUCCGUGCGCGAAUGUCGAGACGGAUUUGAGGUCCACUGCCGCAAAUCGAACAGGUGAAGAAUGUGCAUUUUGACCGAAGCCAACGGGGAGGAAGAUGCACAUCCAAGCUUUCCUCUUAUUUUGCACGGAAUCGCGCAGCACAUAGGCGGCAACAUUCAAGACCCGUCUAGAAGUGGUCAAUACGGAUCUGAAAGCAUUUCGGGCUAUGAGAUUUUCCCCCAAAAGUUGAAACUAUACGAGUGCUGUUUUCUCUAAAUGUUUGUAUGUCAUGUUGACACACAGCAAUUAACUGCCGGAUAGAAGAACCGAUCGGAAUUUGCCGAAAUAUAGUGAUCCCAACUUUAAGGCACACAUGUCCUCGCCAGAAAAUUGAAAAUUUACUUCGUUUUAGAUGAAACAAGGAGAAUUCUUAAGUUUUUACGACGGAAAAUGUAUUCAGCUUCUGGAAGUGCUCGAGUUCGAAUUGGAACCUAUGACGUUGAUUUUGAAUCUCGGUGCAAAAUCUAUGAUACAAUAUUCAACAAUGAGUCACAGUUGCGAAAUCAUAUGAAAAAAAAAACGUUCUGAUAAACAUUGCUAUUGUUUCCGCGAGUUAGUGGACCGUCACAGCUUCGAAGCCAUUUGGUGCGUCAUAAGAAGGAAAGAAUGCAUCCAUGUAAGCAUUGCGAUGUCAGCUGCGAGGAACGGUCGAUGCAGACCGCACACUUAAAAAACCAUGCGAACGAGCGGCCGCGCGCUUCUAAAUUUUGUGGCAACACCAAGAGUUCGUCAAAGGAUCCAUACCGGGGAAAAGUCGCACAUUUGUAUCUUCUGUGACAAAGGUUUUACCCUUCCGUGGUAGCUGAAGGUCCACACGAACGAACAAUCAUUCGAAUGUCGCUGUCAGAAACGAUUCAACUAGAAUGGUACCCAUGAUACAUACUCGAAUUCACACGGGCGAGCGACUCUUCAAGUGUACCCAGUGCGAAAAUACCUACCCGAGUCAGGGUGAACUUGGCCGGAGGCCAAAUCACAAGGGUUCGUUCCUGCCGGAUGUGUCUUCAAAUUUAUCGCGGAGCCGACAUGCAAGAGGACAAUCCAUUUAAAUUACAGCUGGAGAAUAGUUGUCCAGGCACAAAGACACAGGCACAGAGGCACAGCAGCAAUCGGCUCGUCCAAAGCAGCAGCAUAAGUGAAAUUACAACAUUUUUGCGAUUAUUAUAUCUUACAUAUAUAUGUACAAAUUUUUCUUUUUUCAAAAUAAAGAAACACUGUAAAAUGGCUGGAAAAUUCAUAUGAUGACGCAAUGAUGAAAUAAAUAAAAACAAAUUUCUACA